AUGAAGUUUCUUUACGCCGCCAUCGCGCUCGCAGGUGCCUCUUGCGCGCUGCCAGCCGCAAAGGUCGACGAGGUCGUCGAGGUCAGAGAUCUCGAGGUGCGUCAGAGCCGACUGACGCGAAACGAGCUUGAAACCGGCGGUACCUGCCCCGGUGUCAUUUUCAUCUAUGCUCGAGGCUCAACCGAGUCGGGCAACAUGGGUACUCUCGGACCCAGCGUUGCGGACGGGCUAGAGAGGCAGUUUGGGAGCAACGGCGUCUGGGUGCAAGGCGUCGGCGGCCCCUAUACCGCCAGCCUUGGCGACAACUUCCUCCCCGACGGCACAAGUCGCGCCGCCAUUGCCGAGAUGAUUCGCCUUUUUAACCUGGCCAACACCAAGUGCCCCAAUGCCAAGGUCGUUGCUGGCGGAUACAGCCAAGGUGCUGCUCUCACCGCGGCAUCCAUCCGAGACCUCAACGCUGGCGUCAGGGGCAAGGUUGUCGGCACGGUACUCUUUGGCUACACCAAGAAUCUCCAGAACAGGGGCCAGAUCCCCAACUACCCCAGCGACCGCCUCGAGGUCUUUUGCGCCGUCGGCGACCUCGUAUGCACGGGAACGCUGACGAUUACACCUGCCCAUCUCUCGUAUGGCGACGAGGCUCUCAACGAGGCUCCCCGCUUCCUCAUCGGCCGCGUCAAUGCCAGCUGA